GGGCGGGCGGGGCGAGGCGCGGGCGGGUGCUGCUCAGCGGCGGCAGUACUCCUCGCGCAGGACCGCCGUGGUGUUCACUCGGCGGCGCGCCACGGCGCGACAUGCCCAGCUGAUGUUUAUUUAUACCGCGAGCUCGGCGGAGGGCGCGCGCGGGAGGCCCUCCCCUCCGCGCCACCACGGUUUCGCGUGAUGCAGCCGAGCGAGCUAGCCGACACCGCGCACGCCGCUAGCGGAAAUCCCCCGCAGCGUGGCCUCAACGGUGGCCGAUUCGACUUUGACGAUGGUGGCACAUAUUGUGGUGGUUGGGAAGACGGCAAGGCCCACGGCCACGGUGUGUGUACUGGACCAAAAGGACAAGGAGCUUAUGCCGGCUCCUGGCAUUUCGGAUUCGAAGUAUCCGGCGUCUACACCUGGCCCAGUGGGAGUUCGUUCGAGGGACAAUGGCAGAACGGCAAACGACACGGACUGGGCGUUGAAACACGUGACCGAUGGCUGUACCGCGGCGAGUGGACGCAGGGCUACAAGGGCCGCUACGGAGUCCGCCAGAGCACUACCAGCAAUGCCAAGUACGAGGGCACCUGGGCCAAUGGACUGCAAGAUGGAUACGGCUCAGAAACGUACGCCGAUGGCGGAACAUAUCAAGGACAAUGGAUGCGAGGUCUCCGGCACGGGUACGGCGUCAGGACGUCCGCGCCCUUCGGCCUGGCGUCGCACUACCGCGGCGGUGCGCGCGAACAUCGCGGCUCCAUGUCGUCCUUGGCCGACGCGACUGGCAUCCCCGACCCUUCGGACAGGCGGAACAACCGUAUGGACGAAGCGCGGGGUGGUUUUGUACUUAGAACAAAUUCCGACGAGCCGUCGAGAAGAAGAGGCUCGUUGGGUGAAAAAACGAAAAAAGGACUAUUCAAUAGGUUUCGCAGAGAACGCAGCGCUGGCGACUUGGACCCUCGGGGCACAGCUUCGGUGCGGUCUGGGGGCUCGGGGGGCUCGGCCUCAUCCUGGGUGUCGUCAGUCGAGAGCACGCAUUCAGCCACCACUCGCGUCUCUAUGCAUACCAACUCUAAUACUAGCUUCAUAGUCGAGGAUGAACAUAUAGAUGCCGGUGUUACCGAAACGUAUAUGGGGGAAUGGAAAAAUGAUAAACGCACUGGUUUUGGCAUCAGCGAGCGCAGUGAUGGUCUUCGAUACGAGGGUGAAUGGUUUUCGAAUAGAAAGUACGGUUAUGGUGUAACAACAUUCAGAGAUGGGACAAGGGAAGAGGGAAAAUAUAAAAAUAAUGUCCUAAUUACCAGCCAGAAACGCAAACAUAUGUUUUUAAUGCGUUCAGCCAAAUUUCGAGAACGUAUUGACUCAGCAGUAAAUGCAGCACAGCGAGCGUCAAAAAUUGCAUUGCAAAAAGCUGAUAUCGCUAUUUCCAGGACAGCAACAGCCCGGGGGAAAGCCGAGCAAGCCGAUGAAUCGGCAGACCAAGCCAAAGAAGACUGUGAUAUAGCACAAGCUACUGCUAAGCAGUUUGCUCCUGAUUUCAAGCAUCCUGGAUUUGACAGAAUAGGUUUAAGAGAAAGAUAUAGGCAAAAGCCCUAUGAUUCACAUGUAACGGCACCCCCAGUACAAGAAUCUGAAAAGAUCUUGGACGGAAAGAGCAUUCCAAAUCACAUCCCUCCGACACAUACACAACUUCCUCAAAUGAAUAAAAUUCCAAACGCGAUUUCCUCUAGAAGACCGUCUGCACAAUAUACAAAACCGGGACAAACAGUCGAUCCAAGACUUGUAAACAAUACCGCUUACAACACUGAUGACAGAAAUAUGGGAACUGGUUAUGACUCUUACUAUAACCCAUCACAAGACACGUGGGCCACUUCUAGUAAUAUACAAAAUCCAGCUAUAGACAAUCAAAAACAAUAUAGCGGUGAACCGACGAGUAUGUAUGGUUCUACUCCACUGAAUCAAGCUGCUACCUAUCGUUUACAACAGCAACAAAAUAUCGACCAAAGCAAUCAACAAUACAUUAACCAAGACAGACGAUUGUCUUCAGCUACGCGGCCGUCAGUUAAUCAACGAAUGCCUCCACAAGAAUGGAAUACUGGACCAGGAAUACCGCGUCGCCAAAGUAUUCUAGCUCAACCGAGACAUGACCCCCAAGGAAAUACAUACGUGGACGGCGGUACAGCGGUGUAUGGUAGAAAUGAGUUACGUACUGGUACUAUUCAUUCAGAAGGACCGUUAGACAGGCAAAUGCCUAACACAGAUCAACAUGGUUAUAGACAGCCAGAUUCCCAAAUAUACAGACAACCUACUGACCAGCAAGGCUACAGACAGGGACCAGAACAACAAUUGUAUAGACAACAAUCAACAGAUCAACAAAACUAUAGGCAAGCCUCAGACCAACAAUUAUAUCGCCAACAAAAUAUAGACCAACAACAAUAUCGACAGACUACCACCGAUCAAGAUGUGAUGAAUGGUGAAGGCGUUGCCAGGCAAAGCACAAGUCGACCUUCUAUUGAUUAUUUUGAUCACUAUAAAAGACCACCUAGCAGAGAUUCAAGUGUAGACAGGUAUGGAAGGCGUUCUAGACAACCAUCUGUAGAAGCUGCAGUUCCAAGUAGUGGUUCAAGGUCUGGCUCAAUAGCACCACAACCGACGUCUUCAUCACGUCCUCCGUCCCGUGCCGCAACCCCAGCGGGCAAUGGACAUUUAGCCUCUGGCCGGGGAUCGAUCUCCCGCGCUCCAUCUCGCGAAAGCCAGCCUUUUGACGAUACAUUAUUAAGGAAGCGGACACUCGGACAAGAAAUUUCACCGUCUCCCUAUCAACCUAAACGUACGGAGAGCCUGUAUGUGACUCAAAAUCCAACACCUCCACCACCAGCACCAAUGGGAGGAGGCGGUGGCGGUGGCGGUGGCGGCGGGGGAGGUCGGAAGAUGCUUAGUACGCCACAAGCGUUGCAGCGUAAGAAGUCUCUGCCAGAUGUAGCAGGAAUGCCGCGGAUGCCGGACGGCGGAGGCAUGUCGCGGGAGGAGGUCUCUGCGCUGGGAUCCGCGCGACGCGAGGAGGUGCGCCGAAUGCACGAAGAAUCCGAAAAACUGAGGGCUAACCCUCUUCUGUAUUUAGUCAGUCCGCAAGUCAAGGACUGGUUUUCGCGGCAGCAAUUAGUAAUCUUAGUGCUAUUUAUUAACAUCUCAUUAGGGAUAAUGUUCUUUAAGCUGCUUACGUAGCGUCGGCGAGUGGCGCACCCGCGCCUUUCUACAUCACAAUAAUGCCUCUUUUUUAUUAUAAUAUUACAAUCAAAUAACAUUUUUGCGAUCCUUGUAUAGAAACAUUUUUAUACAAACAUGUAAUGUAAGAAAAUCAAAGAAAACUAUUCCUUUAAUGAUUAAGGAACUUUGGUUUGCAAGUGUUCAUUGAAGAUGUGUUAAAGUGUGUUAUGUACUUAAAAUUCAGUACCCAAGUGCAAAAAAGCCCCAACUUUUAGAUCGCAACAAGCAACUACGUGUGAGUGAAGUCUUGUCCCGUCGGAGGAUAUAUGCAUACCGAUCGCUUUGAUUAGCCUGCAUAUUGUAGGCGUUUGCUGUUUCAUUUAGGCGGGGGGAAAAUAUAUAUUACAAUAUUAAACAAAAUUUUUCGAUAUAAAUGUAAACGAUAAC